GAAUGUACCUUUUCUACUUUGUUUUUGAGAGUACUUUUAUCUUAUCUAUGGUCCUUUAUUUAGUGUGUAGCUAGCUGUUAUCUAUGAUGUGUAGUAAAUUGCCUGAAAUAUAACAAUUUUAAAAAAUGCAAGAAAAAGUUAAUUAUUUAUAAUCACUAUCAAAAUAUUGCUGUACUAAUUUGUAUAUCAGGUAUUUACGAAAUCGGGAAUGAGUAAGGUUCAUUUUGAAUUAAUCAUUUACAUUGUGCUCUGGAUAUGCGGAGUUUUAUAUUCUAUCUACAAAUUUUCAAGAAACAAUUAUGUUUUCAGUUAUAUUCCUGAUAAUCAUGGUGAUUUUAAAAGUUCAUAUUACCUAACCAUAAAAAGAGAUGCUACAGAUUAUGAAUGGGAAACGAUGACUUUAUUGAUUUAUAUAUCAUUACCAUGGAUAGGAGCUCAUAUCUUAAUAUCAGAGUUUUUGAGGGAAAAAUGUGAAAAGGUGCUACCAUAUUGGCAAUCAAUCAUUGGAUUAAGUUUUCUCACAUAUAUGACAACUCUUCAAGGAUCAUUUCUAGUUGCAUCUCAGUUAAUAUUGUUUGAGCUAAUUAGCAAAUUUGGAACCAUUAUUUUAAUAUGGACUACCUGUUUAGGGUAUUUAGCAGCAAUUUGUUUUUUCAAGACAUUUGAUCAAACUUUUGGAUAUCAGUAUUUAAGGAUUAAUGAAUGGCAGCACUUUCUGUUAAUCCUCUCCCUUUGCUGGAUGAAUUUAAGAUGCAUAAGUUUCUAUAUUGAAACAAUAAAAUGUAAGAAAAAUAACGAAAGUAAUUUGUUAAGAAUUUUUUCUUAUUGUUUUUAUCUUCCAAAUUUGUUUUGUGGACCGUUCGUCCAUUAUGAAGAAAUGCUCCAGAGUCAUAAUAAAAGUACUGUUAAUUUGAGGACAAGACUGCUAAUCCUUGCUAAAGACCUAUUACGAGUGGCCUGGUGGUGCCUUUUUACACACCUCUCUCUAUAUUUUUUAUAUGCAAGUGCCUUCUCACUAAAUCCAAAGUUAGUUAAAAAAUUUAAUAGUUGGGCAUUAUAUGGAUAUGGGUAUUGGAUGGGUCAGUUUUUUCACCUGAAAUAUGUGGUAUUUUAUGGGUUUAGUACCAGCAUUGCUAAAUUUGAAAACGUUCCUGUGCCCCCUCUUCCCAAGUGUAUUGGUCGAAUUCAUUUAUAUUCUGAUAUGUGGAAGUACUUUGAUAGAGGCCUCCACAGUUUUUUAGUAAAGUACAUCUAUGUGCCCACAUUGACAGAAAAAAGUUUUAUUGGAAAAACGUUGUCCAGUUUCUUAUGUUUUGUAUUUGUUUACAUUUGGCAUGGAGUCCAAGAAUUUAUUUUAGUGUGGGCAAUUUUAAAUUUUAUUGGAGUCACGAUGGAAUCUGGUUUUAAAAGUUUGUGCCUGCAUUACGAACAUGUAAUCAAAAUUUUGAAUUCUCGGUGGCAACGUAGAUUUGUUUGUCUGCUUGCAAGUCCUCUGUUAGCCGUGUCUUGUGUGUCUAACUUCUAUUUUUUUGCUGGAAUGAAUAUAGGAAACAUUUUUGCAGAUAGAUUGUUUAAUGAUUCCUUAUGGAACGAAGCUGUAUUAUUUUUCAUGUUAUACUGCUGCUGUCAAGUUUCAACAGAAAUUAAUAUUUGGGAGAAAAGUUUUAUGAAAACUUUGAGGAAACCAAGCGGUAGAAACUACGGAAAAACUCAUCUAUAAUAACAGUAUUAUUUUAAUAUUGAAAAAAUAAUAUAAUAGUAAAAAAACAA